AUGGCCAGUGCUGGAAGUUCUGGAAUUGAAAUGAGGAGCAUCGCCAAGUUGAAUGGAAAGAACUGGUCGUCCUGGAGGUUUGAAGUCACCUUGCUGCUAGAAAAGAACAAGCUAAUGCGAGUAGUAUUGAAGGUGGACACCAAACCAGCACAGAUCGUGACUGAUGACGUGAUAACAAACCAAGCCCUCAUUGACGCCUGGGAUAUGAAAGAUAUUGAAGCAAGAACCGUCAUAUACUGCAAUGUGGAGCCUGAUUUGCAAGUACUCAUCGAAGGAUGCUCGACAUCGGCUGCAAUGUGGGACCGGUUGCUGUUACAAUUCGCUCAGGCAGCCGCUGCCAACGCAAACCUGCUUCUAGCCAAGUUCUUUGACUACAAAUAUGACAAAGAACACAGCGUUCUGAGUCAUAUCACAAGACUUUCGAGCCUAGCCGAGGAACUGCGCAAUCUCAACUCACCGGUAACGGAGCAACAGUUAAUCAUGAGAACGCUGCAUUCACUUCCACCCAGCUAUCGCCCGUUCCAAUCGUCUUGGCUGAGUGUCCCAAUUGCUGAGCAAACUUUACUGAAUCUCACGUCGAGACUUGUCACUGAAGAAGCCAUGAACAAAGCUUUCAAUAAUGGUGAAAUGGAUCCGGCUGAUAUUGUGUUCUUCGCUGGCAAAUCACGACAGACGUCCGCAUCGUCCAGCUCAAUUGAGGAGACAGCCAUGUCAGCCAGAGGCAGGUACAAUAGUUACAGACGAGGAGGAAGAGGCUACCGUGGACGUGGAAGAGGCUAUCGAGGACACAAACACGACUACGGAAAUCGACACUCUGGCGAGAAUGGAUCCAACAUCAUUUGCUAUUCGUGUGAUCAGUCUGGUCAUAAAGCGCACAAUUGUCCUCAGAAAAAGGAUGAGGAAAGAAAACAGCAGAGAAACGACAACUUUAACAAGAAUCGCACUUCGUUCGGCUGUGUCUCAAGCUCACUCUGCCUCGUCGCCAAGCAGCCGCAUUGCUUCUAUGCUGAUUCUGCAGCAUCAAACCACAUGACAGACAAACGAGAAUUCUUCACUACUUUCAAGGAAAUACCACCCGGAACUUGGAAGGUAACGGGAAUUGGAGGUGUGGAGCUGCAUGCUGUGGGCAAAGGCAAUAUUAAUGUUGUUUCAACUGUCAACGGAGAAGAAAUCAGAGGCAUUUUCCAUGAUGUCCUGUAUGUACCCAACCUGAAAGUCAACCUUUUCUCUGUAGGAACAGCCAUAAAUUAA